AUGCGGGGCUGGCUGGAACGGAAGAGCCUCUGCGGGAGUGGGGGGGGGGGCGGUGCGGGGAGCACGCGACGAUCACCGCUGUGGCCCAAGGCAGAGAAGACAGUGGAGCUGCUGGAGCAGAAGACGGAAAAGGGCGGUGGGGUGGGGAUGAGAAAAGCCUGCAAAGAGAACUUCAGAGGAGGGCCGGCCUUGCUUUUAACCCUCGGGCAGCGCCCGAGCCGAGGCUCCCGCGGGAGAGAGCGGCUUUCUGGGCACACGUUCCUUGAGGUCGGGGCGGGGCACCUGAUCCAGGCGGUGAGGCGGGGCGUGAGUGGUUACAGGUGCGGGAUCCCGGGAUCCCGAGACGCCCUGGCGCACGGACGCGGCCACCGGGCAGAGCGCACGGACCGCUUCACUGCCCUCGGCGUCUGCGGAGCUGCGCCUCCUCCUACUCCAGGCAGUGGUGGCCCUCCACUUUGUGGCUUUGAGGUUCACAGGGGAACAGAGGAGGCCCAACCUGAGCCUCCUCUUCUCCUGAACCCCGGCCGCAGGCGGGACGCCAGGCUGAGAACCCACUUCUCCUGCUCUGGACUCUGGCCCCUCCUGGCCUGGCAUCAAGCCAGCCUGGCCUACCUGCUGAAAAGGCUCCAGGCCUUGAAGGGCCAGGCAGCCAGAGCCACAGAGCUCCUGCAGGGCACAGGGCUGGGACAGCGGAGUCAGCCCCACCUGGGAAAUAUGCUGACUUACCCAGGGACACUCCUAGGUGUGCUCAUCCUCACCGCCCCCACGUCCGUUCCAAACACCUCUCACCCCGGGCUGUCACCCGAGCAGGCGCUGGGGGCCUGCCUGGAGGCGCGGCCCAGGCCUUCGUUUCUGAAGUGUCUGAACACUUACGUGCGUCUCCAGUGGGGGUUCUGCAUGUCUAUUGGCCGUUGCGGUGGGAAAAGGUUCGGCUGCCGCAAGUCAGUGCACGAGCUAGCCGCGCCCGGGAGGAUCCAGUUGGCGCUGGUGCUAGGAGCCCUGGUUCCUGAAGUGACUCCAUCGCUGGGAACUGCCAAAGCAAUGGGACUGAGUGAAAGGAGGAGGCUGUCCGGGCCCCUAUGCACUGGAGGACCAGGAGCCGAGCGGGCUGGUCUCCUCAGCCUGCCUGUCAGGCCGGCCUCUGUGGAGGAGAACAGCACAGCUGACAUUCACGUAUGCACCACACUGCUACAUUCCGAGGCUGUGACACAUCAGACGUUACAAAACAACAUCUGUGAACGACGCUGGAUCUGGCUGGCGGUGCCGUGA